UUCUGUAAUAAGAAGAGUUCAAUUAAUCAUUUGCUUUAAAUAGCAGAGGCGGAAUAUGGUUGCCUAGCCAAUUUUCUUCUGUCAACAAAAAACCCAUCACAGUCGUCACCUCCUCUUCUCUCUGUGAUUCAUUGGUACUCUUUAAAACAAUAAAAACUCUCCGAAUCAUUUUUUUUUUCGGUGGCCAAAUGGGUUGCAAGUCAUCGGAAAAGCCAAAGCCAAAGCACCGGAAGGGACUUUGGUCACCUGACGAAGACCAAAGGCUGAGAAACUACAUCCUCAAACACGGCCAUGGAUGCUGGAGCUCUGUCCCCAUUAACGCUGGUUUACAAAGGAAUGGUAAAAGUUGCCGGCUAAGGUGGAUUAAUUAUUUAAGGCCAGGGUUAAAACGAGGAACAUUUAGCAAACAAGAGGAGGAGACCAUUUUGACCCUUCAUCACAUGUUAGGCAACAAGUGGUCUCAAAUUGCACAGCAUUUGCCAGGAAGAACAGACAACGAGAUAAAGAACUACUGGCAUUCUUAUUUGAAGAAGAAAGUAGCUAAAGCUGAAGAAAAUGACAAUGUUCUUCAAACCAAAACUCAAUAUUCAAGAUCAAGCUCUGAAAAUUUAGAUUCUGCUUCACCAUCUUCAGGAAAAGAAACUGCUCCAAUUUCGAGUUAUGAGUCAUUGGAACAAAUGGAAAAAUCUCCAACAAAUACUGAUCAAUCUGUUCCACAACUGUAUGAUUUCUCUAAAGAGCCUCAACGAAAUUCGAAUUUGCCACCCAAGCUUAUAUUUGCUGAGUGGCUUUCACUAGACCAUGCUAAUGGUGGAAUAAACUUCACUGAUAAUAUAAGUGGGCCGGCGGUUCCUAGGGAAGCCUUCUAUCAAAAUUCAAGUUUCCAAGAUAUUCAAGCACAUGGUUUUCUAUUGAAUGAAGGAACAUUAUUUGGUGGUGAAUUUCAAAAUGGUUUCAGCCAAGGUUCGGCUGCUGAGAUUUUCAAUUCCCAAUUUAAGUUUGAAGAUCAAAUUUCAGGAAGUGGGUUUGUUGAUUUUGUGCCUGCCGUUGAUGUAUGUAGUGCUCAUUUCAGCAUGCAAAAUGAUGUAAUGUAUAUAUAAAUUAUUUACAAAGGGAAUAUAUCUUUUAUUUUCCAAGUGCGAAAAAAAAAAAAAAAAAGUGAGGAAGAAUAACCUCUAAUUAUACUCUUAAGGAAUAGCUUUUUAAAGUGUAAUAAAAUAAAGGUCAUUACAAUUGGUUGGGGAAAAAAAAGAAAA